CACCUUUCAACUUUUUAACUCUUUUUUUGUAAACUUUGUUCGUAACACACAAUUUUUAUUCACACUUUGUAAUGCACAUUUUCAACAGUCGGUCGGUGCUCUUGGUCGCGCAGAGCCUGCUCGUUCUUCUCCUGGCAACAACAUCGUAUGCCGCCUUGGCUGAAAAGACAUACCGUGUGCGCGGCUCCAUCGUGGCUAACGAGAUUCUCAGCAAUGUCUCUGAGCUCUCGACCAGAGCACACAUAGUGGUGAACGGUGGCGAGUACAAGGGCUUUAUCCAAAAGGAUGGGUCAUUUGCUGUAGACAACGUCAAACUCGGCGACUCUCUUUUGGAAGUGGCCAGCGCGGAUUACGUGUUUCCCAAGAUCCACGUGCGCAUUUCGCUCAAGGAAGAUGGCCGCGCAUCGGUUGCCGCGCGGUACGUACAGAUUGGGUCGGACUGGCCAGAGGAGAUCCCCGUUUUGGCGUAUCCGCUGCGUUUCGGAGCCGGUGCAAAGUACGACUUUUUCACAGUGAGGCAGGGCUUCAGUAUUAUCACAAUGUUCUCGAACCCCUAUAUGAUGAUGGUCGGCGCAUCGCUGGUGGCUGUGUUCCUUUUGCCCAAGCUCCAGGCCGCCAUGGAUCCAGAGCUACUGGACGAGCAGAACAAAAAGAAGUGAAGAGAUGUGUUAGAACGAGGCUUGCUUUGCUUUCUGGGAGAAUCUGUGCCACAUGCAGUCCAUUCGUGCAGUCUUUUUUUGCGCUUAGCAAUCUUAUGGCUGAAGUUCAAAAACAGCACAGGCUGCAAAGUGGUAUAUAUCCAUAUCUUAGUCGAUCUCGCUGCCAAUGCUCUAUUUUCCGAAUCAUCUUCCGGCUCUCACACUUUAAACAUGGAAACACAGAGAGGCCCUUACCUAUUAAUGUGUGAAGA